UUCUCUUCCUCCCUUUCGAAGUACGUACUCACUGAAUUCUCUCUCACUAGCUCAAUUCGAUCUUGUGGGAGAUUGAUCAGAGAGAGAGAGAGAUGCCUUGUCUGAACCUUUCGAUGAACGUGAGUCUGGAUGGAGUCGACACCGCUCCCAUAGUCUCUGAAGCCAUAAAGGCCGUCGCUGAUAUCAUCGGAAGACCCGAGUCUUAUGUGAUGGUGUUGAUGAAGGGAUCGAUACCCAUAACAUUCAACGGGAACGAAGAACCAGCGGCUUUUGCGGAGCUAACAUCCAUGGGGGGGAUCGACACUGGCGUCAAAAGGAAACUGAUUCUCGAGAUCGGCACCAUCCUUGAGACAAAGCUCUCCAUCCCAAAGUCACGUUUCAUCUUCAAAGUCUUCGACACUACUGCCAUGCGCCUCAACUCCAAAAUCUGACCUACCUUCCCUUCCCAAUCCUUCAAUUCCUACACCCAUAUUUAAUUAAUUAAUGUAACCAAACCAAUUAAGGCUUCUCUUCUAAUUCUUAUCCCCCUCCUCCUCUUUCUGUUUUCCCACUCCCGCUAAGCAAAUUAAUGCUCUAAUAACUUAUGUGGGUAAUGUCUA